AUGGAAUUCGGUGGAGGCUCGAAAGUAACCGGGAUUAGACAGAUUGUGAGACUAAAAGAAUUACUUCAAAAAUGGCAAAAUGUCACAUUUGGCCCGAAACUACCUCCGGUUCCCAGACUUGAAGAAUCUGAUGACGGUUCCAGAUCACCAAUAAUCAACAAAAGGAUAACGAAUCUCCAAAGUUAUGAAUCUGAUGAAGAAAGCUGCCAAACUCCUGAUCCUGAACCACCCCAUGAUGUCCCAAAAGGUUACUUGGCUGUCUAUGUUGGACAUGAGCUUCGACGGUUCAUUAUUCCAACUAGUUACCUUAGCCAUUCCUUAUUCAAAAAGUUGCUUGAAAAGGCCGCUGAGGAAUACGGAUUUGAUCAGAGCGGCGGGCUCACGAUACCAUGUGAGAUCGAGACCUUUAAAUACCUCAUCAAAUGCAUCGAGAACCAAGAGAAAGAACAACAUGACGACUUCUCGUUUGCAAACUCCGAAACAAAACCAGAAGAAACCUUGGAAGAGUAA